AUGAAGUCCUUUGUGCUCAUCUUUCUGGUUUUCACUGUCUAUGCCUCUGCUAAAGUAAUGCCCAUGUCGGGUGGCAAUAGUCUGAGCAUUGAUCAGCAUGGAAAAAGGGUUUACUCCGUUCAAAUUGAGGACAAAUGCGACUUUUUCUGCCCCGAAAAGGAUCCUUCUGUGUGCGCCACCAAUGGACAGUGCCUGCUAAAGUUCGACAGUCGCUGUGCCAUGACAGCCUACAAUUGCCGCAAUCCCCAGAAAAUGUUUGAAAUCGUAGAGGAUCACAGGUGUAUGAAGGAAUGGCAGCCACUGUGCCUGGAGUCGGAUCUCAAAGAGUUUGGCUUGUGA